UCGAAUAUUAUGAUUGUACAGAUGUUAUAAUAUAUUAAGACUAGUACAUAUGAGACAAAAGAGUUGUCUUAUAGGCUAUAGGUCAUCCAAAACAUAUAAUCAAAGAGAAAUCCAAUUGAUUUCUUCCGUUUUCAACAGUUGUGAGAGAGCGGAAUCGCAAAAUGCAUUCCGCCGGGUUCAGAGCCAACGCGUUGCUGACCUUCGCCAUCACCAUCCUGGCGUUAAUGUGCGCCAUCGCCUCUUUCUCCGACAAUUUCAACUCUCCCUCUCCCACAGCCCAAGUCCAGGUAUUGAAUAUUAAUUGGUUCCAGAAAAAACAUGACGGUGAUGAUGAGGUGAGUUUGACAUUGAAUGUGUCCGCAGACUUACAGUCACUAUUUACAUGGAAUACCAAACAGGUUUUUGUGUUUUUGGCAGCUGAGUACGAAACCCCAAAGAAUGCCCUGAAUCAGGUUUCCUUGUGGGACGCUAUAAUACCUUCUAAAGAGCAUGCAAAAUUUUGGAUGCACACAAAAAACAAGUACCGAUUCAUUGAUCAGGGAAGCAAUCUCCGCGGUAAAGAAUUCAACCUUACAUUGCAUUGGCAUGUUAUGCCAAAGACGGGCAAAAUGCUUGCCGACAAACUUGUUAUGCCUGGCUUCUUCUUGCCCGAGACAUACAGAUGAGGCUAGUAUUUUUUUUCUUGUUCUGUGAUCUCUAAUUUACUGUAAUAUUUAGCCUAUCUGUAGCUGGAAUGAGAGCAAAUUCCUAGACAGCAGAUUGGAAAAAGGUUAAAAUAUGAACUGAGUGUAACAGACCUUCAUUGGCUAUCAAGUUACCAAAAUUUAAAUAUUGAAUUUUGACCCUUUUUUAUGUACGGGGAUUUCUGAGGAAAUGGUGA